AUGGCAGCCCAAAGGACUGCACCAAUAUUCUUGUUCCUAGUCUUGUCUUCACUCACCACCAUUCUUGCAGUUGCUCUAACCAAACAACAAGAAAUGGACCGAAUUUCUGCACUUCCGGGACAACCUCCGGUGACAUUUUCGCAGUUUUCCGGCUACGUGACCGUUAACGAGCAACACGGCCGAGCUCUCUUUUACUGGUUAACAGAGGCUACCACUAAUCCUGACAAGAAGCCUCUCGUCCUUUGGCUCAAUGGAGGACCAGGUUGUUCAUCAGUGGCAUAUGGAGCAUCAGAAGAAAUCGGGCCAUUUCGGAUAAACAGAACUAGUUCAUCUCUCUACCUAAACAAGUAUUCAUGGAAUCGAGAGGCAAACAUUCUCUUUCUUGAAUCACCGGCUGGUGUAGGUUUCUCAUACACAAACACAAGUUCUGAUCUCAAGGAUUCCGGGGACAAAAGGACAGCUCAGGAUGCUCUAGUUUUUCUUAUAAAAUGGAUGUCAAGAUUUCCACAAUACAGAUUUAGAGAUUUCUACAUAUCUGGGGAGAGUUAUGCAGGGCAUUACGUUCCCCAGCUGGCAAAGAAAAUCCUUGAUUACAACAAAGCAUCUUCCCAUCCGAAUAUCAAUCUGAAAGGAUUCAUCCUAGGAAAUGCAGUGACAGAUAAUCAUUAUGAUAACAUUGGCACAGUAACUUAUUGGUGGAGCCAUUCAAUGAUAUCAGAUACAACUUAUAAAUCAAUCCUCAAAUCAUGCAAUUUCUCUUCGGACAAAUCUUCUCAGCAGUGUGAUGAUGCUCUGAGUUAUGCCAUGAACCAUGAAUUUGGAGAUAUUGAUCAAUAUAGCAUUUAUACACCAUCUUGUAAGGCACUAACUAGUAACAGUAUACGAUCUCUAAGGCUCAAAAACACUCUUAUACGUCGAAGAAUUUCUGGAUAUGAUCCCUGUACUGAGAAUUAUGCAGAGAGGUACUAUAAUCGACCAGACGUGCAGAAAGCGUUGCAUGCAAAUUCUACUGGGAUUCCAUAUAAAUGGACGGCUUGCAGUGAUAUACUUAUAAAGAACUGGAAUGAUUCCGAUUUUUCAAUGUUACCCACGUACAAGAAGCUGAUUGCAGCCAGUCUAAGAAUAUGGGUGUUCAGCGGAGAUACAGAUUCAGUGGUUCCAGUGACCGCGACUAGGUUCUCCCUUAGUCAUCUCAAUCUCACUAUUAAAACUCGAUGGUAUCCAUGGUACUCAGGCGACCAGGUAGGAGGCUGGACAGAGAUCUACGAUGGACUAACCUUUGCCACAAUCAGAGGAGCUGGUCAUGAAGUUCCUCUAUUUCAGCCAAAGAGAGCUUUUAUUCUUUUCCAAUCGUUCUUGGCUGGAAAAGAAUUACCAAAAUCUUGAUAAGUCCCUUACAAGUAGCAAGGAAAUCCAGCAUGUAGCUUUGAGCAGUUUGAUCCCCUAAAAUUGUAGGAGAAGUGAUCAGUAUAGGAAUAAUUUGUUUCAAUUGCUAUUGAGAUUACAAUAAUUCUCAUGGAACACAGAAAAAUGAUAGAUUCCUACGAUGAUGUAUAUCAUUUUCGUUAAGAAUUGAUUUCUCAAGAACGAAUGCGCAAGCAUUGUAACUCCAUCUUUUAACUCUCAAUGAAAAUGAGCAUAAUCUUUUAAUAGUCAUGAGC